AUGGACAGCUCAAAGCACGUGGCUCUCGUCAUCGGCGCUUCCAGAGGCAUCGGCCGCCAAGUUGCCAUUGACCUCGCUGGAGCUGGAUAUCGAGUCGUGGUAUCCGCCAAAACCACCUCGGAUGCAUCCAAUGUCCAUCCAUUCCCCCCUGACCCGAACUCGCCGCAGUCCACCAUCAACACCGUGGCUCGCGAGAUACGGGAGGCUGGCGGGGAAGCCGCUGCCAUUGCCGCCGACACUCGUGACUCCGACGCCGUCAGGAAAAUGGUCGACGAAGCCGUGGCUACCUUUGGCCGUCUCGAUGUCCUGGUCUACAACUCCGGCGCUAUCUGGUGGGCUUCGGUCGAAAACACGCCAGUCAAGCGAUUCAAGUUGAUGCAGCAAGUCAAUGUCGAGGGCUUGUACAGCGCCACCCAGGCCGCUCUGCCUCAUUUCAAGAACCAAGCCUGGAAAGGCCGCAUUGUCGUCGUCAGCCCGCCCAUUUACUCCCGCUUCUUCAGAGGCAAAACUGCCUAUGCCAUGGGCAAGGUUGCCAUGAGCGUGCUGACCAAGGGGCUGGCCAUGGAUUUCGCCCGCGAAGGCAAAAAGGACAUGGCCAUUUCAAGCAUGUGGGUGGCAACGGCUAUCCAAUCCGCUGCCACGGUUGGCAGGGAAGAUGUGCUUAGUGAUCUGCGGAAAUCGACAAUCUUCUCCGAUGCCGUCAUAGCCAUGCUUCGCGCACCCGCUGCCGAAGUCAACGGCUGUCUCGAAGUCGAUGAAGAUUUCCUCCGCAAAACUGGUAUCACCGACUUCUCCAAAUAUAGCCUGAGCAAGACGACGAAGGGCGGCGAAUGGACAGCACCAAAUCGAGGACGUCAAGAAUGUAGAACUUGGCACCGCCUGUGCCAAGUUGCGAAGCGUUCCUCUAAGCUUGAGGCUGAUACUGAGGGACAUCUAUCCACUUCCUUUGCAACGCUGCCACUGAGCAACGACUUUCGGAUCCUCUCCAUCAACACGUCAAACGAAGAGUUGUCCAUGAUGGGCGCUACCAAUGGUACGCGCUUCAGCGCACAGCCAUUCAUCCUUCUCACACUGCUGAUCUCGGCCCUCGUGUCGGCCAUCCCAGCACCACCCUCCGCCACUCCCUCGUCUUCAGUCGCUGGAAAUCAAGUCACAUCCACAACAGGGAACACUUGCCCCAACACCCCAGCCAACCCUUAUCUCCUCGGCCCGAGGGGCUUCCACUACAGACUCAAGUGCGGCACUGAUCAGUACGGAGGAGACCUGAGGAGUUAUGACGGCUACGCCGACAUUCGUGACUGCAUCCCGCUUUGUGAAGCAGAACCCCUGUGUGUCGGCGUUACCUGGGAAUUCACAAACGGCCGUGCCAAUGGUGGACGGUGCUAUUUGAAAUCCGUAAACGUCCCACAGACGGUCAAGAGCACUGUCGACGUCGCCGUCUGCGAAGAUUGUCCAGGCAUCAAGUGUCCGGGUGACGAUGGCUUGACCGCCUUUUCGGGUGGAAAGUCUUUCAAGCUUGUUUGCGAUAAGGAACCGUACGGCGACAAUGUCAACGAUGGCAGCCAAAACACCUUCUAUCAAUCAGACAUAAACAAGCAUCAUGGCCUGGGUCAAUUAUGGCGGUGCUUCGAGUUCACUGGUUCCGCUGCCAGGCCCUACCACAUCUUCUACUACCUUGUCCACUUCGUCCUCUACUUCUUCGUCUACUUCAUCGUCUUCUUCAUCGUCGACUGCCUCGUCGACUGCCUCGUCUUCUUCAUCGUCGACUGUAACUGGUUCAGCUUCAACGGCAUCGUCAUCUUCUUCUACGAUCACUGCAUCGUCAUCUGCAAGUCCUGCGCCGGGAGGCUACUCAUGCCCUACUAA